CAACCCAGGGUAUAUCUUUUUUUUUUUUCCCUCUCUCUCUCCCCCUCCCGCCCUAGGUAUGAGAAGCUGCAAGAUGGUCCGAGUGGUGAGUGUUCUGGGGCUAGUGAUGGUCAGCGUGGCUCUCUUGAUUUUGUCCUUGAUCAGCUACGUGUCCCUGAAAAAAGACAACAUCUUCACCACUCCCAAAUAUGCCAACACGGGAGUGCCAAGAAUGUAUAUGCUCCAUGCCGGAUUUAGGUCACAGUUUGCACUGAAGUUCCUUGAUCCUUCCUUUGUACCCAACACAAAUUCCUUGAAUCAGGAGGUGCAGGACAAAUCGCCCAAGUGGACAUUCAACAGAACAGCGUUCUUACAACAAAGACGAGAAAUCCUUCAGCAUGUGGACGUGAUCAAAAACUUUUCUUUAACAAAGAACAUGGUACGGAUUGGACAGCUGAUGCAUUAUGAUUAUUCCAGCCAUAAGUACGUCUUCUCCAUUAGCAAUAGCUUCCGCUUGUUGCUUCCAGAUGUCUCGCCGAUUCAGAACAAGCACUACAACAUUUGCGCUGUUGUGGGAAACAGUGGAAUUCUUCUCGGCAGUCAGUGCGGGCAGGAAAUAGACAAAUACGAUUUUGUUUUCCGUUGCAAUUUUGCACCCACCGAAGCAUUCCAGAAAGAUGUUGGAAAGAAAACCAACAUCACCACUUUUAACCCGAGCAUUUUGGAGAAGUAUUACAACAAUCUUUUGACCAUUCAAGAUCGCAAUAACUUUUUUCUAAGCUUGAAGAAGCUGGAUGGAGCUAUUCUCUGGAUUCCAGCUUUUUUCUUCCAUACUUCAGCCACUAUUACCAGAACUUUGGUAGACUUCUUUAUUGAGCAUCGAGGACAAUUAAAAGUCCAGUUGGCUUGGCCAGGAAAUAUAAUGCAACAUGUUAACAGGUACUGGAAAAACAAGCAUUUGGCCCCCAAGCGACUCAGCACAGGUAUCUUGAUGUACACCCUUGCAUCCGCGAUUUGUGAUGAAAUCCACCUGUAUGGGUUUUGGCCCUUUGGCUUCAACCCAAACAACAGAGAGGAUCUUCCCUACCACUAUUUUGACAAGAAAGGAACCAAGUUUACUACGAAAUGGCAAGAAUCCCAUCAGCUGCCUGCUGAAUUCCAGCAGCUCUUUCGAAUGCACGGUGAAGGGCUUGCAAAACUGACUUUAUCCCACUGUGCCUAAGGAUUUCAUACUUGAAGUGCCAAAAGAUUGUUGCUGUUGUUUUUUAAAGGGGGGGAAGUGCCCCCACUGAAUUUGCAAUUUUUCAAAGCAGAAUUCUAAAAGGAAAGGCAUUGGUGGGAAUAAGAUGGGGAAGUGUUUAAUUCUGGAGAAGUCUCCGUUUAUUAUUACCAGUUUUCAAAGCCUAGGAGAGUGGCUUUGCCAAUUUUGCAAGACAGAAGUAAUUCUUAUCUUUCUGAAGUAGGAAAAUCCAGGCUGUUUAUAGCAGAAAAGUUUUGAAUGUCUUAGCUAUGUUGCCAAGAAUAUUAAAGUAUUUUCAUAGUCAUAUAUUUUUCACAUUCUGGAAAGGAAAAAAAGGGUGUACAUUAUCAAUAGUUAGAACUUCUGUGUUUGCUUAUUCAGACUAGCUUAUUGUUGUUUCUGGAUUUAUUUGGGGAAGGGGUGAAUUUAUGCUCUUGCUAUUCAUAGUGGAACAUGGCUGUGUUAAUUCAUGAGAAUUUUUCCUGAAGUUUGGACUAUAUGAUGGUUUAGGGCAGUAUGAAUAGACAAUAGGUCUAUUAAGAUCACUGAGAAUGUCUCCUAAUUAAGAGACGAUUGAAUUGUUCCCAAAGUCUAGUUUUUCUCUUUGAAGAUCAAAAUCUAGGAAAAGUCAACAGUAUUGUCCAUGCAUUUAAGCAUCUAUAUCUGGCACGGAUGAUCAACUGAAUACCCAAAUAGCAAUUUGGCCAUUGACCAAUUUUCAAAGACGUUUCUUCUUUUCAGAUCUCCUGUUGAAAUGACUUGCUCAAGCUACUAUCAGUGCAAUUCAGACUAAGUAGCUAAUGUGGUCCUGUGGCACUAUCAGUAUAAAAAUAAUUUUGUGCACGUGGUAUUUGUGCAAGAACACCAUGAUUUUGCACAGUGUGUUUGCUUAAAUAAAAGCAGCAUGUUUCUGAUCUGCCAAUUAUCUCCUGCAAAUUUAAAACAAAAAUCCCCUUCCCUUGCAUGAUUUCAUUUGUGGAGAACUACAGAAAUGGUCUUGGAGAAAGAAUGUGGCAGCCUUUAGCAAAACAUGAAUGUAUUAAUAGUUGCUUGCACAGUCAACCAGAUGUUUAGACUGGCAUUUUUGUCCACCUAAUGUCCUUCCCAAUGACCUGAGAUAGGCAGAUGUUGUUUAAUAAUUAAAGGUAUUGUCAUGGAUGUAAGAUGCCUUUUGCAAUUGACUGGUGGUGAUUUUGUCAAUGCUGAUCAUGUUCAAGUGACGCUCCAAAUGUUUUAGAAUUGGACCCAAGGGGCCUGUUAUGUACUAUGGGUACUACUGUUGUUUUCUUUUGCCAGAGUUGCUCUACUUCUAUUUACAGGUAGUUUGUGCUUUUCUUCAGUUUUCUUUUAUUCUGCUUUUGCCUCCAGGUACUGCCAUGUUGACUAACCAGACUUUUUUGUCUUUCUUAUCAACAGUUGUUAAAUCUGGGUAGGCUUGUCUGUUUGAAUUUCAGACAAUUUCCCAGAGCAUAUUAGCUUCUUCAUUUUCUGUUAUUUUUUCUAUUUUGUGGUUCCACCAGUUCUUGCUUGCAGCUAUCCCAAUACCCCAUUAUUGCUACUUGUCAUGCUGUUGUUUGUAGUCUGCCUAUAUGAUCCUUUUGCAGCAGCUAAGUAGUCCACUGUUUCUUCAGAUUCUUGGCAAAGGCAUGGUUGGUGUUUCUUGCUGUCUUUUCAAUUCUGGUUUUAUGUGCAAUUGUUCUUAAGAUGUGGUUUUGUGCAGCCAGAAUUAGCCCCUCUGAUUCUUUUUUCAACUUUCCUGUUCUUAGCUAUUACGAGGUCUUGUUAUCAUCUGCUUGACCUGUUAGGGGUUUUUUUCUGCACUGGCCAUAUAUUAAUUUGCUUCACCAUGUUUCUAUUCUGUUCUUCAUUUGGUCUUUCUUAUAGGCUAGUUUGAUUUUUUUGGUAUUCAGUAAGCCUUCGUGGUACAUUCGCUUCAGUGCAUCUUCUUCAGUCUUUCAGAUAUUCUUCAAAUGCUUUUUUUUUCUUCUUCUUCAACUAUCUUGUGAUCUUUCAACAUUCCACAUGCACCUAUGCUCCUUGGUAAAUAGAAUGUCAGUAUUGCUCAGCAGAUGAAGGCAUGAUUCACUGUCAUUAUUUUUCUGGUCUUCCUAUCCAAGUUCCUAGCUCAGCUUGCAUUCAGUCCACUAUUCCAGUUGGGUAUCUAAUGAUUGGAAUUGCCCAAAUAUUAAUCGCUUUCGUUGUAUUUCCAUCUCUGAGUUUGGUCUUUAAGAUCUUUUUUGCUCUUCUGAUGUAUUCAUUACUUUCCUCUUAACUUCAGUAUGCUUGAUAUUGUCAGUGUGAAGGAUACCCAGGUAUUUGUAGGGAUCUUCUUGAUCCUGACUUUGGAUGUUAUUUCAUAGGGUAUGCUUUAUUAUUUCCAGUGCUUCCUUGAUCUUCCUUCUCUCUAGGAGAUAGUUUUCAAAUCAGGUGACAUUAUUAUUGUUGGACACACAGUUAAUUAGAUGUCUGUAGAGAUUCUCAGUCAUCCAGGUCAUGGAUGUCCCAUAACUGCUUUUCCAAAAGGCAACUGGACUAUCUUGUUCUUUCUUGAAAAUGUUUUGCUUC